AUGGCAACGUUAUUACAUAGUAGAUUGUUGAAUGAUAGAGUGUGGGAAGGUUCACAGCAUUUGGGUGGACCAAUGAAACACAAGUCACCUUCAUUUGCUCAAUUGGUCAAAGAGAAGAAUUCUGAUCAACUUACUACUUUUUCACCAUCAAAGCAACUUCAUGGUUCUUGCUGUGUGAUAUUGAUUGCCCCAAGGCAUGGCAGCAUCGUUGUGAUGGAAAUGGCAAUAGAAAAAUUGAAUGAUGGUAUGUGGGAUAUUGAAAACUGA